CUGCUGUGGACUCUCCUCCUUGGUGCUUAAGAAGGAAUGAAGAAAAAAAAAAGCCGAAUGAGAGACGCGUUUAAAGAAAAGGGAAUGUGGCGAUGCUGAGUUCAGAACUUUAGUCGGACACGGGCUGGCACGCGCGCACACGUCAAAGCCGCCAAGUCCUCUCUGUCCCGGGGAUCAGCGAAGAAAUUAGGUCCUCUUCCAUGUUUGCCGACGGCGAAGCUUCGGCUCCGGACGUGCCCAUGGUGUACCAGCGGCAUUAUCAGACGCCCGUGGCCUCCACCGCGGCGACGACUGCGUACGAGCGCUGCUGCGUCUCAGCCGCGGUCUUGAUGCGCCGCCCGCCGUAUCCCGAAGUCGCCACGUCGGCCUUCUACCCGCUGGAAGACGUGCCGCUGUCCUCGCUGGCCGAUCACCAUCAUCGCCCUUCGUACUCAGUGUACGACCGCAGUUACGUCGACGCCCCGCCUUCUUCGUUCCUGUACGGCGCUGCCGCUUACGACUGCGUGUACGGCGACUGUCCGGACUGCGCGGAGGUUGGCUACCCGCCUGCGGCCGCAAGUAGUUGCUCAACCGCCGGCAGCGGCGACGCCAAGUCUUCCGCCUGCGCGUUGCAGACGUCGCCCGCCAUGUCGCGGCGCAGCAUGGUUCGCAAGCGGAGUCUCUCGCAGGCUGAGCUGGAGAGGCGCAGGUCCUUGGCGAACCACCAGGAACGCCGUCGCAUGCACCGACUCAACUCGGCGCUGGAUCGACUCCGGAGCACGAUACCGCCGCGCCUGCAGAACGGCAGUCGCCGCCUGUCCAAGAUCAAGACGCUCAAGAUGGCCAUCAACUACAUCCUCGAACUGAAGACCGUGCUGGGCCCGACGACCGUCCCUGGAGUUGGCGGUGGUUGUGCGCCGGCCUCCCCUUCCUGGAACUGAACGAUACGCGCAUUUAUUUUUUUCUCAUCGUGCAGUGUCACGUACCGACGGUCGUGCAUGCCAGCCAGCUAUGCGUGGAACGAGCGGUGAGGUGGCGGCCUUUUGAAGAUUGUGAUAGUGUGAUUGCCGCAGUGGAGAGUCUUGCGAGUGUGUGUUUAUUUAGCUAGCUGCGAUGCUUGCUUGCUUCUCCAGUAUUGUUACAAGGCCGUUUGACGAAGGCCACUUUGCAAGCGACUCAUUUCGUAGCGACUUCCAUAAAUACAAUUACAUUUUUUCCCUCAUCUCGUGAUGCUGUCUUCAGCGUUCCUGAUUGUCAUUGUGAUAUUAGGUUCCUUGUCGUCGAAUAAGCCUUAUUUGUGGGACGAGACAUGAGAAAGCAGCGGCACGGGGCAUAGACAUGAGAAAGCAGCGGCAGUAUAUCAGUGUUGACUUAGGUGAGUGGCAUCGUUAUUUAGCGUUUACUUCUUACCGUCUUGAGUGUUUCUUUUGAGCUAUACAGCCGAUAUAAUUCAGGCUCUUUAUAGCUUACGAGCGCGUGGUUAACUCGUCAGAGUAGGCUGCUCUAAAAUACGCCUCAGAUUGAUUCAAUUUGUAUUCAUGAGCAGGCAAAAAUAAAUUAAAUGUGCCAACAUUUAUUCAUAAUCAAGCUUAAUCUAGCUAGUCGCUAUUCUUCUGUUUUUCGGGACGAAUGUGUCGUAUCGCUCGCGCUGUCCUCACGCCUGUCAUUUUAACAACGUCUGUGCGCUGUCUAAGUGUGACAUUCAGCAGUAGCGUGUAAGCCCAAUGAUCCCAUAAAAAAUGAAGUUCAAAAAAAACGAAUGGAAUACAUAUUUGAUAGCUUGAUAUGCAGUUUUUGCGACUGUCGCCGAACUUUCAAAGUUCUGUUUAUAUACACUCGGUAACGAUAAAGUAAUCUUCGAAGCGCCCUCGUGCAUGUAAUUCUUGAUUAAGUUAACUACCUUCAAAGCAAGCGUUAACUUCGCGAAAUAUAAAAAUAAACAUUUCUUUGUGAUUUCUAGUUACCUUGCUGCACAUCGUAUGUUACUAAGUGUGGCUAAUAAAAUUGAUAAUGAGGCCAAUUUAGACCGAAUUCAGAGGAGGACAUACCAUCAGUUUAGAGUCAUUCAAAAUCACCGAUGCUCAAAAAGAUGUUUUGUUCAAAGAGUAAAACGAAAUAACCACAUUUUUUACCACAAGCAUAACACCGUUUGUCUAAAAAUUGCUUGAAUCUUCCAAAUGAACUUCAGGCGGAUGUCCCUUGCAAAGUAACGGGCUCAAGUUUGUACACAUGCAGCUGGUUAAUUAG